UCCUGCAGAUGGGGAAGACAAGGGAGCCCAAAUAAAACAGAAGGGUGUCUCCCAGCUGCAACGGUCUGCCCCCACGCCUCUGCAUUUCCCCAGCGAUUAGCCAGGGACCCAACACAGCCGCCUGACCUCUUUUACGAACAACAAAACCGUGAUGAAGGCAACAGGAGUCAGAAAACUAUUCACUGCAGGAAGCCCCAGUAUCCGGUGAGAAAUAAGAAGUACAACAGUACAGGAUGCGCCUUGGGUCAGGGGGAUGUGAAAAGCCCUCGGUCUUUGUGUUCUUCCCUGUGCCAGAACGUCUGCGUCGGAGCCCUCAGUUCUCCUCUCAGCUCAGCUGCUGUCACUGCACGGCUGCCAGCCUCCCGCUGAAGGGGACACGGGGCCAUAAUGGCCACCUCUGCCGGCCUGCUGCUGCCGCUGCUGCUCCUGGGCCAGCCCUGGGCGGGGGCUGGUGCUCCCGGGGAAGCUGUGGUGUGCGCGGGGAAUGCCUGCUACACAGCCCACUGGGGCAAGCUGAGUGCGGCCGAGGCCCAGAGUCACUGCAGCAAGAAUGGGGGCAACCUGGCCACCGUGAAGAGUGAAGAGGAGGCUUGGCACAUCCAGCGAGCCCUGGCCCAGCUUUUGGAGUUGGAGGAGGCCCUAGAAGCUCGGAUGGGCAAGUUCUGGAUCGGGCUCCAGCGCGAAAAGGGAAAGUGCUUAGACUCCAGCUUGCCGCUGAAAGGCUUCAGCUGGGUGGGCGGCGGGGAAGACACACUUUACACCAACUGGAACAGGGAGGUCAGGAGCUCCUGCAUCUCUAGGCGCUGUGUAUCCCUGCUGCUCUAUCUGUCUCUGCCGUCUCAUGCCAGCCACCUCCCCAAAUGGUCUGAGGGCCCCUGUGGGAGCCCAAACUCUCCUGGAAGCAACAUCGAGGGCUUUGUGUGCAAGUUCAGUUUCAAAGGCAUGUGCCAGCCUCUGGCUCUGGGGGGCCCAGGCCGGGUGGAAUACAGGACCCCAUUCCAGGCCACCAGCUCCUCCCUGGACACUGUGCCCUUUGCCUCUGUGGCUAACGUGGCCUGUGGGGAUGGGGACGAGGGUCGGGAGCAUUACUUCCUGUGUAAGGAGAAGGCCUCAGAUGUGUUCGACUGGGGCAGCUCAGGCCCCCUCUGUGUUAGCCCCAAGUACGGCUGCAGCUUCAACAACGGGGGCUGCCAGCAAGACUGUUUCGAGGGUGGUGAUGGCUCCUUCCGCUGUGGCUGUCGGCCGGGAUUCCGGCUGCUGGACGACCUGGUGACCUGUGCCUCCCGGAACCCUUGCAGCUCCAGUCCCUGCAAAGGGGCAGCCACCUGUGUCCUGGGACCUCACAGGAAGAACUACACGUGCCUCUGCCCCCAAGGCUACCAGCUGGACUCAAGUCAGCAGGACUGUGUGGAUGUGGACGAGUGCCAGGACUCCCCCUGCCCACAAGAGUGUGUCAACACCCCUGGGGGCUUCCACUGUGAGUGCUGGGUGGGCUACGAGCCCCGUGGCCCUGGGGAGGAGGCCUGUCAGGAUGUGGAUGAGUGUGCCCCUGGCCACUCGCCCUGCGCCCAGGGCUGCACUAACACAGAUGGCUCGUUCUACUGCUCCUGCAAGAAGGGCUAUGUCCUGGCUAAGGAGGAUGGCACCCAGUGCCUGGAUGUGGACGAGUGUGAGGGCCCGGAGCAUGGCCUUUGUGAGGGCUUGUGCCUCAAUACGCAGGGGUCCUUCCGCUGCAGCUGCCUGCCGGGCUGGGAGCUGGGCCCGGAUGGGGUCUCGUGUACCACAGGGUCCACGUCUCUGGCACCACAGACUGGGCCUCCCCAGGGAGAGGAUAUGGGAGAUAGAGAGGGGAAUCUUGUGUAUUCUUCCACAAUAUCCAGACCCACCAGGGACUCCGAGGGCACCUCCAAGGAGGCAUCCACCAUGAAGAGUCCCUCCCUCCCAUCUGAGGCCCCCACCACCCUGACUGUGCCUGACAUGCUGGCUCACAGUGGGCCCCCUGGCGAAUGGAUGGAGCCCAGCACCCAUCACCCCAAGGCUACCACAGAUCAUGGGGAGAAUAUGGAUGAGGAUUCCAUGUCCAAACAAAGUGACAACGGCACCGAUGGGCAAAAGCUGCUUUUGUUCUAUAUCCUGGGCACAGUGGUAGCCAUCUUACUCUUACUCGCUCUGGCUCUUGGACUUCUGGUCUAUCGCAAGCGGAAAGCAAAGAGGGAGGAGGAGAAGGAGAAAAAGCCCCAGAACGCUGCUGACAGCUACUCCUGGGCUCCAGAGCGGGCUGAGAACAGGGCCUUGGAGAAUCAGUACAGCUGUGUGCAUUUAUCUGCUUGCUGUAGAACCAGCUGGAGUUUUUAAUUUGCACCAUGAAUAAUGCUGCCCGAACUUUCCCUUGCAUCUAUUGGCUCCAAGGUUCUUCAGUAGCCAGCUGGUCACCAGAAGUGACCAUAAAAGCAACAACCAGUUCCAAGGAAAAUCAUUCUUCUGUGGAAUAAGACAAGGAAGGGUUCCUCGUGUUCUGGAGAGCCCUUUGAGGGACUCUGGAAAGCUGGAUCUUACUAAAUGUCCCAGAAACCCCUUCCAAAGAAGAAGAAACCCUGAUGAGGAGUCUUUGCCAGUGCUUCUCUGGAAUCUGGCUUCAGAAUUAUUCUCACUCUGGAAAGUAUUCACAGGGACUUGGGUGUGGACUGAAUGCUUCCCCAUCUCCCCAUGGGUGAGCUGGCUCUGGAUGCAGGUGAGCAGGACCUGAAGCUCCCUCAGUGGGGAUCCACUCCCUUUCCUCUCCCUCAAAAGCUUGAGGAAGCCUCAAAUACCUGCAGUCCUGUGGGUGGAGGUGGAAUUUCUGAGUAACAGACUUAAAUGUUGGCCACCUUGAGCCCAGAGUAAAGCUGCCUCCUUACAGUGGACUGUGGACUGUGACUCCUUUACUCCUCAGAGGGCCUGUGUUCCCAAGUUCAAGAUGUUCCGAGUCAAAUCACCCAAAGUUGUCAAACCAUCCUGCAGGACUGCAUCCACCAAAGGUGUGUAGUAGCUAGUCUGCAACCCUGACUGACCAGAUAUUGAUGGAAAUAAGCUAUCUAACUAGCAUCUAGGAGUUACUAAAAGAAUUCAGGUCUGUAUUAUUCAAUAACAAUCUGACUAGAUAUUGGGGGGGGGGUCAAAUUUUGAUUGUUCCCAUGACUAAAUUUGAGGAAGAUUUAUUGCAUAGCAGUAAAUAGCAUAUUGAUUAUAUUGGACAGUGCUAUGCUUAUGCUACAAUGCCAGUGUUGAGUAGUUACAACAGAGACAAAAGGGCCAGCAAAGCCUGACACAUUUACUACCUGGUCUUUUACAGAGGAAGUUUGCCCUACACAAAAUUCUUCCCAUACCUGGGUCUUAACUGGUGCUCUGAUUGUCUUGCCUGCCACAACUCAAAGCAAGAAGCCACAAGAUGUAGCAACUAAAUAGUAAAUUGGUAGUUAUGUUGUGGGCGCAUUAGGAUAGGGCUCUACUACACAGCCUGGUUGAAUCUCUGUGAUAGAAAUCUGUUCACUUGUGAAAUCAUUGUUUGGGGAAGCAUGUGUGAUGAGAUCUGGGAUGCAAAAACCUAAGUUCUUCCUAAGUCCACAAGGGCAACUCUCCUGUGAUGCUGCUAAAGACACUUUCAUUAAAUGCUUCAAAAGCAGUGAGCUGAGUGACUCAAAAUACAUUCUAUUUUGCAUAAGACUUCAAAACUUAGGUGGCAUAUUAUUAACAAAUUACUUUCAAAGCCACUAGCUUUCAAUUGCCAAAAAGUAAUUUUGCCUUCUUUAUAAAGAAUUGGAGGGGUGCCUGGGUGGCUCAGUCAGUUAAGCAUCCGACUUUGGCUCCAGU